AUGGAAGUGCCGCCACCUUUAGUCCUCAAGCGUCCUCUGUUUGUGCCCAGCAAGACGUUGAUGGGUCCAGGACCCUCCAACUGCUCACAGCGUGUGCUCGAAGCGAUGAGUAAUCCAGUUCUCGGACACAUGCAUCCCGAGUGCCUUCAGAUCAUGGACGAGGUAAAGGAAGGCAUCAAGUACAUAUUCCAGACACUUAACGAUGCCACAAUGUGCAUCAGCGGCGCCGGUCACAGCGGCAUGGAGGCCGCACUCUGCAAUCUCAUCGAGGACAACGAUGUCGUGCUGAUGGGCAUCUCGGGCGUUUGGGGUCAUCGUGCCGCCGAUAUGGCGCGUCGCUAUGGCGCCGAUGUGCGCUACGUGGAGGCGAGUUUCGGUCGCGCUCUGACGCUGGACGAGAUACGCGCCGCCUUCGAAACGCACAAUCCGCGCGUCUUCUUCAUUGCCCAGGGCGACUCAUCGACCGGCAUUCUGCAGCGACACAUUCCCGAGAUUGGUGAGCUGUGCAGGCAGUACGAUUGCUUCCUUGUUGUGGAUACGGUUGCAUCGCUGGGUGGCACCGAUUUCCUCAUGGACGAGUGGAAGGUGGAUGUGGCAUACACCGGCUCACAGAAGUCCCUAGGUGGUCCAGCGGGUUUGACGCCCAUCUCGUUCAGCAAACGCGCCUUGUCCCACAUCAAGCAGCGCAAGACGAAGCCCAAAGUGUACUACUUUGACAUACUGCUCAUUGGGCAGUAUUGGGGUUGCUAUGGCACGCCAAGGAUCUAUCAUCACACCAUCUCGUCGACGCUGUUGUUUGGCCUGCGUGAGGCACUUUCCAACUUCUGCGCCAUGGGAUUGAAGAAUGUGGUGCAGCGUCAUCGAGAGUGCUCGGCUCGCCUGCAACUAGGCAUCGAGGAAUUGGGCCUAGAGUUGUUUGUGCAACAGGAGAAGGAUCGGUUGCCCACGGUGAACACCAUUAAAGUGCCCUUUGGCGUCGACUGGAAGAAGGUCGCCGACUAUGCCAUGCGCAAAUACAAUCUGGAAAUCAGUGGCGGCCUUGGACCCACAGUGGGACACGUCUUCCGCAUUGGCCUGAUGGGUGAGAACGCCACAUUGGAAAAGGUGGACAUGGUGCUCAGCAUUUUGAACGAAGCCAUUCAGAGUAUCAAGCUGCGCGCCGUGGAACGCUCCAAAAUAUAA